GAAAGCCAGAAACGAAUCGGGGGCAAGGGGAGUCGAGUCAGAGACGGCGCAGUGCAGCGCCGCCGCCGGCCACCGCACGACCGCACCUGGCUGCCGCCUGCCGCUGCCGCCCGCCUCCACGUAUCCUCCGCUGGACGGUUCCCCGCCUCCCGCCGGCCCCUUUUCCCUUCCUGAUUUGCGGGUCAGGACGUCAGGGACUCGCCGUCUGGCCGGCUCGCCGUCUCCUCCGACUGCCCACACAAAUAGGCAAAUCCUCUGCCGUUGUUUGCGCAAACAUGCUACUCCCCGUUGCGACACAAGCAGCCCCGCGACAGUGGCUUGCCGAGCGAGGCCGCCGGCUGGUGACCAGGUACCAGGGUGUCCGUCCUUGGCUCCAAGGAGCUGCCGAUGACACAGAGGCCGAGCGGGCAGGGGAGCGGGGGGCGCAACCGACAGAGAUGACAGGCCAGAGAGAGGGUACAGGAUAGAGUAGACCAUGUCUUCGAGGGCAAGAGGAGCUGCACGCCGUGGUCGUGGCCAGGGACGUGGGAGAAGCGCUUUGGCAGAAAAUGAUAUGCAUCAUCAUGAAACAUCCGCACCUUCUUCACCAAGUACCACUUCUGAUAGAGAGGACAAUGUCGAGUUCACUCCUGAACAAGCUCCUGUGGCUUGUUAUGUAGACCCCGUGGAACCUGCAUCCAGCACACUACUCAAUCCUAAGAUUAACCACCGUUCUGAUGCAAUUUUUGGUGAUCAGGCUGUGGAGCAGUUGAAGUUACGUCACCACAAACCCUUAAAAUUUCACGAGAGAUAUCGUCCUUAUUUGAGGGAUGCUGGUUUUCUUGGUCUUUCACAAAUUUGCCAGAAAAUGCCUCAGUUGGACAAAGCCUUGAUUACUGCUCUCGUUGAGCGUUGGAGGCCAGAGACCCACAGCUUCCACUUGGCUUCUGGAGAGAUGACUGUUACACUUCAAGAUGUCGCAAUGUUGUUUGCUCUCCCUAUUGAUGGCCGCCCGGUUUGUUCUAAGACAGAUCAUGACUAUGGGCAAAUGGUCCUUGAUUGUCUAGGCCAUGAUCCAAGAGGGCCAUCAAUGCCUGGAAAAUCCUUCUUGCAUUACAAAUGGUUGAAGAAGCACUUUUACGAACUACCAGAAGGGGCUGAUGAUCAGACAGUACAGAGGCAUGUUCGAGCAUAUAUCCUGAGUCUUUUAUGUGGGGUGCUCUUUCCAGACGGGACAGGAAGGAUGAGUCUGAUAUAUCUUCCAUUGAUUGCUGAUCUUUCUCGUGUUGGAACCUACAGCUGGGGCUCCGCAGCCCUUGCCUUCCUAUACCGAGCUCUUUGCUCUGUUGCGUCCUCCCACAAUAUCAAGAACAUAGGUGGUUCAUUGCUUCUCUUGCAGCUUUGGAGUUGGGAGCAUUCCCAUGUUGGCAGACCAUUAGUUCGGUCUCCCCCAUUCAUGGAGACAGACAUCCCGCAGGACUUGCCCCCAAUUGGCUUCCGUUGGGUGGGUGCUCGCACACAAAGUGAGAAUGCUACCCGCUGUCUUAAGCAGUACAGAGAUGAGCUAAACCUGCAGGAAGCAGAUCAGUUGAAAUGGGAGCCAUACAUGCUCAUUGAGUCCUCAAGCUUACCCCCACUUUGUACGAAAGAUGCUGACCUGUGGAUUACUCAAGCUCCAUUAAUAAACUUUCCUAUAGUUGAGAUGUAUUUGCCUGAGCGAGUGAUGCGACAAUUUGGGCUUCGCCAGUGCAUUCCACCACCAUUUCGACCUACACUACAGGCAUUGCAUCGCAUUAGUCGACGUGGUAGGGAACGUGAAAAUUGGGAAGAGACACAUCACGAGUAUAUUCAGGAAUGGGAAGCGCGACGGCAGCGUAUAUUUCGGGAGGCUGAGCAAUAUGAUUUGUCAUCUUAUGAAGAGUACCUGCAGUGGUACUCAGGAGCCACACGUCGGUAUCUUGUACCAUCAACUAGUGAUGAUGCUGAAGCAGGGAUUUUAUCUCCACCUGACGAAUCCUCUGAUCUUCAGUACCAAGCCAAAUCUCCUAUGAUCCGCAAAGCGGUUGAUAAACUGCAUGGUAUGAUGAAGAAGGCCAAGACAGCGAUGGCAUCCACAGCUGAUACAGCCACACAAACCUUGGUUUUUGAAUUUAUGCAUGGUUUUCAGGAUGUCCUUCGUGAUCUUGGUGAGAUCAAGGAAAUGAGUGGCUCAGAGGCUCCACCUUUUGGUUCAGCUAAUAUCUCACAUGUUGACUCAGCUGACACUCAACAUGUGCCCUCACUUUUGCUUGAAGCUGAACAGCACAUUAUAUGUGGCAAUCAAGAAGCUCAAUAUCAGGAAUGUGAAGACCUUCACACAGUGGAGCAUGCUACAUUGGCCCUUGAACCUAUGGAUGAGGAAAACAACUGUUCCAAUAAUAUGCUACUGGCAGUGGAGGAAAAUUGUGACUCGGCUUCAUUAGCCAUUGAGGACUGUGGGACAGCCACUCCUACAGCGGAUUUUGUUAUUCCACAGCACAAUGAAGAUUUUGAUCAAGCUGGACAUGUGGAAAAUUCUCCUGAAAUGGAACAAAGUGUGCUGGUGGUGGAACCUAUGCAGAUGUAUGAGGAAAACAACGGCUUCAAUGAUGUGGUCUUACCCAGAUCUUCAUCACUGGUGCUGGAGGAAACUUGUGACUCAGCAAAGGAAAAUAUUGACUCAGCCACACAAGGGGCCAAGCCAUCUCCUCCACGACAGAACGUGGAUGUCAAACUGAGCUGAAGAUAAGGGAAACCCUCGCACAGCAGAGGAUGAUGUGGCAAUGGUGGAACAUGCAGAUGAGAAAAACAACAACAGUUCUAAUGGCGUCCGUUCGUCACGCCCUUAGUUCAUCUUUCCGCAAGGGAGGCAGAUGGCACUGGUUCCAUACCGAUUGAGCAAUUGGUCAACUUUGUGUCAUGUAUGUAGUGUUUAGAAUUUAGAUACCAUUUUUUUUUUGCAUGUUCUGCAUGAUAGCGGUUCAUGUUAUACCGUUGCUGAUGUUAUUGGGUUUGUUAUGUAGCCUGGUUGGUGGUUGGUGCCAUGAUGAUUUUUUUCUAAUAGACACUCAGGUUGUACUGCUGAUGUGAUUGUGUAGCUUGCACAUCUCUGCUAACAAAUGUGUCAAGUUUUUUAUGCAAGAUUACAGGUAGGUGUUCUA